AUGCUGGACGCGUUCAGGAAGCACGCGCUAGUGAUCCUCGUGGCCAUUCUGUUCGCCACCUAUCGCCUGUCACGGCUGGAAAGCGAGCGCGGACGACGCGGAGCUAAUGUCGAGCGAGAUUUUGAGAAUGUCGUAGGCUUCCUGCACCAACGUCUGGAUACAAAGUACAGAGUGCUACGCAUUGAGCCGCCACCGCAUUCCACGAUCAAGCUGCACGCGAUGGUGGUGAACGGAGGGUUCGCCAUCCCACACGUGGAAGCCGAGGUUUUCGUGGACCAGCGGUUUGUGCUUGACCAGCGCAAACAACGGCGGCGAGAUGUCGAACCCUUGCCGCUGGUACGCUUUCGGGUGUACGAUGUGACCACGAUGACAACCAUAGCUGAGGAUCUACAAAAGCGGAAGCUCAUCGCUUCGUAUGAGCAAGGGUAUCAACCAAAGUAA